AUGUCGUAUGUUGAUGUUGAUUUCUAUGAAGAUCCAAUACUUAAACUUGCUAAAGAUCCUAAUCUAAACAAGGAAAAAGAAAAAACUUCAAAAAUUAUUCAUAUCAUACAUAAUUUUCCUCUUACUGAAAGAAAAGUUUCAAAGCUAUGUCUGUUGUCUCUAACCCUACUUCAAAGUUUAGAGAAAAUCGAACUUAAUUUAAAGAAUUGGGCUUUUUUAUCCCUUGAUAUUAAUUCUACUGAUCAUUUCAAUAAUGCUAAUCCUAAUGAAAUCAAAAGUUUUAAUACUAAUGUCAGUCAUAAAGUUCUUGGUGAUUGUAAAGAAUUGAAUAAAAAAUUAAAUAAAAUCUCUUUUGAUAUAGAUUAUGUCACCAAAUCCCUGAAAACUUUAACUCCAAUGGAAUAUAUUAGUGACAGUGGAACAUUGUUAACUUCUCUCACUUUAAGAAAUAUCAAAUUAAAAGAUGAACUUAGUGAUAAAAUAACAGUUGCUUAUCUGAAAGCAAAAUUAAUUACUAUAGGUACUGAUUUAGAACAAAUGUUAGAAGAAGAUGGUAUUACAAGUUCAAAUAAUGAUAAUACUGGAUCUACGGUUAUAACUUAUAAACAAUUCGUUGUUAGCUUAUUAAAGCAAUUAAACAAUGCUAUUGAUUCUGAAGAUGCAGCUGGUAAAUAUGAAUGUUUGGCGGUUAUAAGUGAUAUGGAACAAAUGUUUGAAGUUUUCAAACUAGAAAGAAUUCAACGUCAAGCCGUUAUCUAUAGCGAUCAUAGUGGUGGAUUUGAUUCAGAAUUAGAUACCGAUUACGAAUACGCUGAUGAUGAUUUUGUUAAUAUCGAUGAUACUCAUUUAAAACCUUCCAAGCAUUCUUCUCGUGAAUUCCAUCAUUCUCAUAAUAGACGUCAUCAUCAUGGACACCAGCCUCAUAGUGCAAAUACUAGUGCAAAUGCUACUCCUAGAUUACGUGCACCUCAUCCUUUGAAAAAUGAAGCAAUCUCGGAUGAUGAAGUACAUGGUGAUUUUGAUGAUUAUGAAUCCGAUUAUGGCUCAGCUUCAAUGUAUUCCUCCAUGUCAGUAUAUAACCCACCUAUGGUUCGUUCAAUUACAAGAUCUCAACAACUUCAACCUCCUCAUUCUGGCUCUCCAAAUCAAGGUGACUCCCCAAGUUCUCAAAUAUCUCCAAGUAUUAUGAAAUCUCCUAGGCAUAGAAGAGAUUCAAUGUCUUCUUUAUCCACUACAAACAUUCUUCAAAAAUCUACUAUUUCCGAAGAAUUACCAUAUUUGAUGACUGCAUUCGAUCUGGCUAGAAAUUUUGAAGAAGAUGUUCAUCAUUAUAAAGAAGAAGACGAUCGAGAAAAUUUUAAUUCAAAAUCAUCUAAAAAUAAGAACCCUCCUAAAAAUCCUCCUCCACCUCCAAAUACAUCAACCACAACACCCAAUGCACCAAAGAAAAAUAUAGGUCCUAAAUUCCAUUAUCCUGAAUCAUCAAUUUAUUCUGAAAGUAACAUUAUUCAACCAUUACCAUCUGCAUCAUCAUAUCUUUAUUCUAAUAACUCAUUACUUUCUAAAUUAGGUAUCAGAGCACAAAUCAUAAAUACUGAACUUCCGAAAGAACUAAGUAAUAACACCUCCUCAAAUAUUAAAAAUGGACCAAUUCCUGAUAGAAGAAGCACUGUUAUGGGUUCAAUUGGACCUACAGCAGCUAAAAAAUUCAUUACUUCUUAUGACAAUGACGAUGAUAACAAAAAUAUAAAUAAAGAAGAUAAAGAAAAUAGAAGGAUUAUAACACCAUUAACAAGAGCUAAUUUAGAAAGCCAUACUAUUUCAGGUUUGGCUGCUGAAGAUAAUUUUUCUGACGAUUACGUUGAAUAA